UAGGUGUGUUGAAGUGACAGCUCGUCCUUGACACGGCAGCUACACUCGUUAUCGCCGCUGUGUGUAUGUGUGUGUUGUGAUCAGAAUAUUUUAUUUUUGCUGCAGACUGCUAGUUCUAUGUAUCGCAAUAACGGUCGCAUCAAACGUCCUAGAGAUGAAGAAGGUGGUGAAGAAGAAGUGGACCUGCCCAAGCGACGAAGAGGGGAAGGACCUCGGAUCGAGCUGCGCAUCCUUAUGCAGAGCAAAAAUGCUGGUGCAAUCAUUGGUAAAGGUGGUGCUAAUAUCAACAGACUGAGGAAUGAUUACAAAGCCAGUGUUACAGUGCCAGAUAGCAACGGUCCCGAACGAGUUCUAUCCAUUGGAGCUGAAUUGGGUACAGUCCUGGACAUGUUGCUGGACAUCCUGCCAGAGAUGGAAGAUUCUCGAAACAAAAGAAGUGAUUCCGAGUCAGAGCUAAGAAUGAUAGUCCAUCAGAGCCAGGCAGGUUGUAUCAUUGGAAGACAGGGAUUUAAAGUCAAGGAACUCAGAGAGAAAACUGGAGCCAAUAUCAAGGUGUAUUCUACAUGUUGUCCCAAUUCCACAGAUAGAGUUGUAGCUAUUACAGGGAAACCAAAGAUUGUUGUGGGCUGUAUUGAAGAGAUUAUUGAAUUGUUACAGCAGGCUCCCCCCAAAGGUCCCAUCAACCCCUAUGAUCCAUCCUUUAGUGAUGAGUUCCUGGCGCCAGAGUAUGGUGGCUUUAUCACCGGCGACAUCAGAGCUAGUAAAGGUUUGCCCAGAGGGGCAGCACCACCCCCUAGGGGGCUUAGAGGAGCCAUGCGCGGUAGAAUGGGCAUGGAGGGCUUUGGUAUGGGUGGCGGCAUGGACUUUGGUCGACGGGGAGGCAUGCGUGGGGGCAUGCGAGGAGGAAAAUCUUUUGGAGGGGGCAUGGGGGGUGACAUGGAACCUUCCAUGGGUCGAGGGGCAGCGUUUGGCAGAGGUGGAUCAAUGAGGAAUAUGAAUGCCAAUAAUCUGGGUCUUGGCAGAGGUUUUGGAGGUGGUUUUGGUAUGCAGCAAGACUUUAGUGGUGAUAUGACCAAUCUUGGUGGGGGUCAAGGCAUGGCCUUUGGUGACGAGGAAUGUGAGACAACCCAAGUGACCAUCCCUAAAGAUCUUGCUGGAGCAAUAAUUGGCAAAGGAGGCAGUCGUAUUACAGACAUUAGGCGACGAUCAGGUGCAAUGAUUGUCAUCGAUGAACCAUUACCUGGAUCUAAUGAUCGUAUCAUCAGCAUCAGCGGCACCCCCGAUCAAAUUCAAAAUGCUCAGUACCUGCUACAGAUGAGUGUCAAACAGAACUCCAACAAAUUCUGAACCAUCUAGUGAUCAUCACACAGAUUUCUAUAUUUUUUUAUAGUUUGAUCUUAUUGUCCCAUUUUUGUCAUCUCUUGCAUUUGAUACAUUUUAUCUUUUUUUUUUUUCAAUUGAUUUUGUUUUUAAUGAAGUCAAGUUUCCAUGUUAUUUUAAACUAAAUGUUGCCAAACAUGUCAUGAUAGAGACUCAUUUAUUUCCUUGUAUAUAGGCUACCCUCAUUUCAGAUUUAGAAUCAUUGUUGGUUACAAAAGUGUUUAUUUUGGUUUUAUUUUGAAAGUUUCCUGGUCAGCCUGUUGAAAGUACAAAUUCAUGUAAAAACCAAAUCUGUUGCCAGGUUGAAUGUUGAGCAGUUUCAAAAUGUGCUCAAAUAAAACUAGUUGUUACUGUACACAAAAAA